AUGAACAACCCACAUCCACAGUUUCAGCUACAGUGGGAAUCUGAGAUUGUUGAGUAUGUCCAGUUCCUGUGGGAGAAGACAAGAACACGGUCAAAGAGAGGUGAGCCUGGCAAGCUAGGAGUGAAUGUCCCAUUGCUUGGGCCUCGGUUUAUGCCUGCAUUGUACCUGCACAUCCAAAAGCAGUCAGGUGGUGGAGCUGUUGAGCCAAAGGUACAGUACCUCAAGCCACUCAAUAUUGUGCACCUGUUCUACUACCCGCAGCUUGCACAGUGA